AUGACUUCUUCCAAUGCACUGCCAGUAGAGAUAGUAGAAAAAAUUAUCAGUUUUGUGUGUCUCAUCUCUCCGUCGAGACCUACGGAACCCCUAAAUAGUGCAGAACAGCCAUUCUUAACUCACCCUUCUGUAGUUCAAUUACUUAAACUUCGAUUAGUUGCCAAAUCUUGGGCAGCAGCUGUUCCACGCUUCGUGUACCGGUCUUUAUAUUUAAGAACACCAAUCUUUAAUCAUUAUCUUAUUAGAAUGUGGAUCAACUGUUUAAGUAUUUCGAAUUUAUCCAACUUGCGUCGACUUUGUUUGGAUCAAGUCCUCUAUAUCCCAGCUUCGAAAGCAACAGGAUAUCAUAUGGCGUUAUCAGAUGAAUGCAGUCCCAAACACAUCAAGCUUCUUGAAUACACUACUACUCGCAGGCCUCAAGAAUCGAAAAUGCUGCUCUUAGCUGUCCGAAACUCACUCGAAGCGCUAACUGUAGAUUCAAUUCCAGAUGAUCUUCCGCGUUCAAUCAGAAUCCAAGAAUUCCCGAAACUCCGUAUUAUACGCUGCAAAUACAUCAAUCCUUCAUCCGACCGUCCAAUAUGGUUUGAGUGGUCGCUUUUUCAUACUGUUGAGGUUAUCAUUACGAAUUACUGCGAGAGUAGAACUUUUUGGGAAAUAGCCUUACUGCCAGCUGGUGGACCUCACUUGAAAGAAGCCAACAAAUUAAAAACAUUCAUCUUUAUAAUGGGAGAUGACGAUCCAAUCGAAGACCCCGAGUUAGCACAAUUUUUCAAUACUUACGGUUUUAUCUGCCAUUUUAAAUCUGGAAUCAACGAUACUGAAAUAUUGGAACUUUUGCAAAAUGAAAAGCACGCAAAAGAUGUAGAUGCUCGUAGCCAAUUGACUUGUAUUUUGAAAGUAAAAGCUAAAGAGGUGUAUCUGGUUAAAAUUAUUGUUAGGAAUCAAUCCACUGCUCAACUUCAAAAUUUGGCUUUGAGAGAAAAAUACAACAUUAACAUUGUAAGAGUACUUCCCAAAAUAAAAUGCUUAAAUAGUAUAGAUUAG